AUCGGCUCGCGGACCUGGAUGGCCCCAGCUGGCACCGCGCUGGGGGCGGUCGGGGAGGCUCUGCGGGGCGGCGCCGCCGCUGCAGAUGCCCGUGAGCUGCUGCCGGGCGCGGGGUCCUAGUUCCCGUCUCAGUGUCGGCGGAGCCGGCUGCCGGUCUCUGCCUUCGGCGAUCGCAAACGGCCUCAGCUCCCGUUGCAGCGCGGCCCCCGGCUAGAGCCCUGUCCGUGCCCUGCCCGGCUGCGGGAAAUCCUGCCCCGCGCUGUGGCCAUUGAAAUAACUCCGGGAAGCGGUUCCCUUCCAUCACUGGCCUCUGUCUGACGUUGGUUACGGUUCAUGCCGCCUGCCGGUUCCCUGAUACCGAAUGGCGUGUUAUUUAUACCUAGCACGAGACUCUGUGUUGGCUACAGGAAAGCGAUGCUACCUUCCCUGGCAGGUGCUAGUGUCAGAGGCUUAUGCCAGAUUUUCUGGAGCUCCAGUGAAAGUGAAUGCUAUUGAUAACUCAUGGAGAGCUCCAAAAGGAGAUGUGCCAGUGUUGAUAUCAGAAGACACAGUUAUUGCUCAGCCAGCAAAAAUACUAAACUUCUUAAGAAAACAGAAGUACAAUGCUGAUUAUGAACUAUCUGCAAAACAAGGAGCUGACACACUGGCAUACAUUGCACUGCUUGAAGAAAAACUGCUUCCUGCUGUGCUGCACACAUUCUGGGUCGAGGCAGAAAAUUACUGUACUGUGACAAAGCCGUGGUUUGCUUCAAGGAUUCCAUUUCCAUUGAGUUUGUAUCUACCUGGGAAGAUGUCCAGGGAAGCACUUAACAGGAUCCUGCUGACGAGGGGAGAGCCUCCACUAUACAGUUUGAGUGAAGUAGAAGCACGGAUAUACAGAGAUGCCAAGGAGUGCCUAAAUCUUCUAUCAAACAGAUUGGGAACAUCUCAGUUUUUCUUUGGAAAUAUGCCUACAACCUUAGAUGCCUUUGUAUUUGGUUUUCUCGCACCUCUUUAUAAAGUGCACUUCCCUAGAGUCCAAUUACAAGAGCACUUGAAACAGCUUUCCAACCUGUGUCGCUUCUGUGAUGACAUCCUGAGUGGCUACUUUAGACUUAACGUUACAGGCUUCUCUCCAUCUGGACAGGAUACGGUAGAUGCAAAUCUACAGAAACUCACACAGCUUGUAAAUAAGGAAUCCAACUUGAUUGAAAAGAUGGACGACAACCUUCGUAAGAGUCCUCAACAUCCCCCUCGGAAGUUGACAACACUCAAACUUAGUGCAGCAGGAGAUGAAAGCAGUUCAUUGAAUCGCUUGUCGCCCUGACAGCCUGUGUUGCCAUGUACGUGUGUUUGCCUUCAAGUAAUCUGAACUUCACAGUAAUUCUUUACAUAAAUGUGGUCUGACAAGGGGAUGAAUCACUAAAUAUGGUAUAAAACCAAUAAAACAUCCCGUGCUGUCUAUUCCUAUAGUCCAGUGAACUAACACUAAGUUAAACAAUGUACUGUAUGAAAUUGCCUUAACUUCUGGAGAUUUCUGCCUUUUAGGCUAGCACAUUUGUUGACUAAGAUUUCAUUUUACUUUUAAGAUUUUUGGUUUUACUGUAACCAUGUUAUAGGUUGACCAGGUUGCUAUACACUAGUGUAGCUACUUAAUCAUCACUUCUAGCAUUUUUCUAGAUUUUAGCAGAUUACCAAAUUCAGUUCUAAAAUGGGUAGGCAAUGGAAGAUUAUCUUUGAUGGCAGACAAGAACUGAAAGUAAUGAGGGGUGUUGGCCAUUUGUUAAUGUGCUUUCACAAAUAAUGUAUUGUGUAUGUCUUAUAUUUUAAGAGUAUGUAUCUUUUAAAAGUCACAUUGCACUGCUAGGAGGCACAGUGACCAAAUGUACUAAAACAUCACCUCUGAACCUUUAUUGAGAUCUGGCCUUAGUCAAACAAGUUUCAUCAGCCUACUGGAUAGCCAUGCUAUAAAAUCACAGCACAAACUAUAGUAUAAAAAGAUUGGCUGUGUUGGUUCAACAAAGGCAAAAGACCAGACUAGCUGGUCUGGACUGAAGUGCAUUGGUUAGGGUUGUGUGAAGAAGCUUGCACAGGCCUUUUUACUUUAUACUGCUGGCCAGUCUCUAACAAGUCAUCAGUGUCUCCCUUUUAUAAGCACUAUAAUUCACCCAAAAACUAAAACAAAAGCCAUCUAAUCUUAUUCCUUGAUCAAGUCCUUGAGAGCGUCACACUGCAGAUUCUUCAUUGAAUUGUUAAAAGAGAUGCACAUGUAAUUAUGUUUCCUCUUAGCAGCACUGUCAGUUCUAGAAAUCCAGAUAAUUCUGAAAUGUUAUGUUGACAGAUGCUUUAUUAAUGAUAUCAUCAGAUUACUAAAAAUGCUCAGCCAAAAUGGGAGCUGCUUUUCGUCAAGUGUUAAUUCAAGAUUUCAUCUUAGAUAGAGAUGAUGCAGACGGGUAUAUGUGCAAGAUGACUGCUAACUUUAUUUGCCAAGUCAAACUAAGAAGUUUCUUGACAUUUUUCCUCUCAACUAUUUCCAGUGUUCAGUAUAUGUAGAUAAACUAUUUAUACAGACAAGACUGUGGAUUGUGUAAAUACUGUACUUUAUUUGAUCAGCAAGGAAUGUAAUCUUAACUUUAACAUAUCUUGUUAUUUAUAAAUAAAAUGUUGGGUCUCCAGUGGACACGUGGAAAUAACUUUGUUACAUGCUACUUCUAGAAUGUUUUAGCAAUUUGAGACAUACUGAAACCACACACAAUAAUUGAAUAAAAUAACUUUCAUGUA